ACGGGGAGCUUCGGUCUAAACCGGGAUGUUGCAACGUCAGUCCUUCGUGGGCGCCGUGUGGGGCAAGAGGGAGGAUUUUUGGUUAUAUUGCUCAUUUGCGAGAAGGAGUUCGUUGUGCAGAGAUGGCCAUGGUAUGCCUAACGGACUUUGAGGAGUACGCAAAGGAGCAUCUUUCAAAGGCCACCUGGGAUUAUUACGCAGCCGGAGCGGAUGAAUGCUGCACCAGAGACGACAAUCUGCUGGCUUACAAAAGGAUCCGUUUGAGGCCUCGCAUCCUCCGGGACGUGUCAGUAAGUGACACGCGCACCACGGUGCAGGGGACAGAAAUAAGCUUCCCCGUCGGCAUUGCGCCGACGGCCUUCCACUGCCUGGCCUGGCAUGAAGGCGAGGUGGCUACAGCUCGCGCCACCGAGGCUCUCAACACCUGCUACAUCACCAGCACCUACUCCACCUGCUCAGUGGAGGAGAUCGUUGCGGCGGCGCCCAGCGGCUACCGCUGGUUCCAGCUCUACGUGUACCGGGAGAGGAAGCUGUCCGAGCAGCUGGUGCACCGGGUGGAGGCGCUCGGCUACAAGGCCCUGGUCCUCACGGUCGACGUGCCCUACACGGGAAAGCGCCGCAACGACAUCCGCAACCAGUUCAGGCUGCCGCCGCACCUCAAGGUCAAGAACUUUGAGGGAGUUUUCCAGCAGGAGACGAGCGUCCCAGAGGAGUACGGGAUACCGGCCAACACCUUGGACCCGUCUAUCAGCUGGAAGGACAUCCACUGGCUGCAGUCUAUCACCCGCCUCCCCAUCAUCAUCAAGGGCAUCCUGACCAAGGAAGACGCCGAGGUGGCCGUGGAGCACGGCGUCCAGGGUAUCAUCGUGUCCAACCACGGGGGGAGGCAGCUGGACGGCGGCCCGGCGUCGAUCGACGCUCUGGCAGAGAUCGUGGAGACGGUGGCAGGCAGAAUUGAAGUUUACGUCGAUGGAGGAAUCAGGACAGGAAGCGACGUCCUCAAAGCGCUGGCCUUGGGGGCCAAGUGUGUGUUCAUCGGCCGUCCAGCUGUGUGGGGCCUGGCAUACAAGGGGGAGGAAGGAGUGAGGGAAGUUCUUCAGAUCCUGAAUGACGAGUUCCGUCUUUCCAUGGCUCUAUCAGGUUGCAGAAACGUAGCCGAAAUCAACAGGAGCCUCGUUCAGUUUUCCAAACUUUGACGACGACGACGGCGCCGCUUUAGCAGGAUUCUGGCCUGAAUCCAAGCUUAAGCCCGAGAUGUAACGACGAACACGCCGAGGACGGGUUUACGUCAGAACCCGCUGGCGCCAGGAAAUCACGGUUCACGGGAAGCCUAUGCUUGGAAUUCGACUUGUAAUCACCCCCAUUGUUCGAGUGACAGAAUGUUGUGAGAAAGUGGAGUGUUGUUGGAAGACUGAGCGAUCGAUUAAUGAAAGUGUUUUUGGCUUUGGUGGCGGAAAGGAUGUGGGCGCUUAUCAUAAAAUCGAACACAUUUCUCCUGGUUAAACUGUGCAAUGUUUGUGAGAAAUGCUGCCAGUACUUGUGGUUGAAUAAAUAUCUGCUGAGAUGAA